ACAACACAGAAUGACAGAAUAAAUAAUAAAAUAACAGAUAAACAAAAUUGCAAUUAUAUUAUUAUUGAAAUCUCGUAGGUAUUCUCGUUUAAGUUCAUACAAGUCGCAUAGACGUCUAAAGUUUAUAGUUUAAUUUUUUUUUCUCAUAAAUUAAACGCUAUAUCUUAAAAAUGAGGCGGCGAGCCGGUGUCGGUGCCAUUCAAAAACAAAAAUUGGAACAAGAAAAGUACAAAGAUAAAGGAACGGUGAUUCAAGAGAAUCAGUUUGAACAGAUGACCAAACAAAUGGGAGUGUUCCGCGGGAAUCUGGAGGAAUUCGCCACCAAGUACAAAAACGAAAUCAAAAAAAACUCUCAGUUCAGGCGACAGUUUCAAGAAAUGUGCGCGUCCAUCGGUGUCGAUCCGUUGGCCUCGGGUAAGGGCUUUUGGUCCGUCCUAGGCAUCGGCGAUUUUUAUUACGAAUUGGCCGUUCAAAUUGUUGAAGUGUGCAUGGCAACCAGUUAUAAGAACGGUGGCAUCAUCGGGUUGGAUGAACUUAGGGAUCGUCUGAUAAAAGCCAGAGGUCGCAACAUACAACAUCAAGAUAUCACAGUUGACGACCUGCUGAGUGCUGCCAAGAAAUUAAAAAUAUUUGGCAAUGGUUUUUGCAUUAUACCUGUCGGCAAAGGCCAGUACAUGGUUCAAUCUGUGCCUGGAGAACUAAGCAUGGACCAGACGGCUGUGCUCAAACUGCUGUCAUCGUCUGGCAGCCCCUGUGUCAGUCUCUCGUCUCUCAAACUACAACUCAAGUGGGAAGAGACGAGGGCCGUCAACGUCAUCAGUCAAAUGGUGAUUGAAGGCCUGUGCUGGGUGGACAGUCAAAAUGAUGGCGAAUUUUCGUAUUGGUUCCCAAGCAUGUUCAAUGAAUGCAUAACGUCAUGACGAUAUUCUAUUUUGAAUUUGUUUGUAUAUACCUAUCAUAUUAUAUUGUUAAUCAAUUAUUUUAAGAAUAUUGUUAGAGAUUACUAUUUAAUGUUGUAAAUAAAUCAAAUUUCACACUGA